CGAAGUUUGUAACAGCCAUCACAGUCGGUACACGCAACAUGGCUAGAAAAUCUAAGACUCAAGAGAAAUCUACUAAGCAGACGCAGCAACUAGCUAGCACGCAGCCGUCGUCUUCCAAAGGGAUAUCAUUAGACCUACCAAACAUCUCCCCCAAGCGUCAUCUUGAAUGCCGAGUGCUCCUAGAAAAUCAGAUUCUUCUCAUUGACAACUUUCUUUCAGCUGCAGAAUGUAAGGCAGUAGCACAAUUCAUAGAUAACCUGCCUUUGGAGCUUACGCCUCCGAAACGGCGUGGAGAGGCGGUAAGGGUAAAUUACCGUUUCAGUGUUACCUCUCCUGAUUUUGCUCAACGCCUACACGAGCUGCUUGUUCCUCAUCUCCCACUGUUUCCGCCCCCAGCACCAGACAAGAGAUCUGGUACUGCUCUCCCUGCUCGAGAACCACACUCCUUCAACUCCAAUAUACGUUUCUAUAAGUAUACCCCCUCUCAGCACUUUGGGCCUCAUUAUGACGAUUCCGUGCGAGAUGCUAUAACAGGUGCCAAAUCCGAAUGGACCCUCUUGAUCUAUCUAUCUGGGAUCGAGGAUGGCGUACAGGGUGGCGAGACAAUAUUUUACAAGAACGAGAAAUGCAGGCCCAAUGAAACUGCGGUUGCUCCUCUCAAUCGAGGUACAGCUCUCUUGCAUCGGCACGGUCAAGACUGUCUACUGCAUGAAGGUUCAGAAGUGGUCAAGGGAACGAAAUACGUUUUGCGAUCAGAUUUAAUGUUCAAGCCUCAAGCUUAGGAGCUUCAGGAUAAUAAAAAUGUUGCCUUGAAAAGAAAAUGCUUCUCAUAACCGCAUAGUUGAUAACAAUAAUA